AUGAGGCGGCCAGCAGCAGACAUCACCUUCGUGCAGGAGACGCGUGUGCGUGAAGUCGGCAGAGAGGCAGUUCAGCGUUGGCAUCGGAAGCGUGGCUUCGACUUCGACCUUGCUGCAGGGCUCAGCACGGGUGACGGGCCUCAGUCCGUCUCAGGCGGGGUGGGCAUCGGUGUUCGGCAGCGGUUCGCAGUUGCCACGCUCGACACCAAGUUCAAGCAGCCCCACCGCGUGCUCAGACGGGUGGUCAACAUAGGCGACGGGCUCGCCAUCGAUCUCAUGUCUGUCUACCUCCGCGACGGGGAGGGCAUGAGUGAGGCCAACGCAGACAUCCUAUGGGAUGUGGCGUCGCAGCUCAGGGUGGCGGCGCGGCCGUGGAUACUAGCAGGCGACUUCAACAUGGACCCCCUCCAGGUCGCGGCGUGGGCGGCGACGGCUGGAGGACUCGUGCUACAUACAGGGGCGGCGACCUGCAGGGCGGGGGCGCUCAACGAGCUCGACUUCGCGAUCAUCUCCGACGAGCUCCAGCAGUUCGUGUUCAGCCAUGGGCCCGUGGUCGAGGCCCCCAUCGGGCCGCGCAGCCCCGUCCUGUUGGGGGUGCGAGGGCUGCAUGCAGACGCCACGGUGCAGCAGCUGCACCGCGCGGCGCGGCUGCCGUUCGAUCGGGCCAUCGGCUGCCUUCCCUGGGUCCCGCUGCCUGCCUGGACCUGGGAAGAGGGCGCGGUCCCCUCUAGCCCGAGGGCUGCCAUGCAGGAGUGGCUUAGUCACGCCGAGGGCUACCUUCUCCCGCUCUACGACCUGUACGGCGACGAGGCUCAGAAGUUCGCUGGCAGGGCGGAUGGAGUGCGCUUCGUCAACGUUUCGAUUGCCGACGCCAGCCGCCGCCGCUGGGCCCAGCUCAGCUCGAAUGAGACCCGCGCCUGGGGUGGUCUGGCCAGCCUGUUGCAGCGCGCUGACUUGCUGGUGGCGCGAGGGAAGGACUCGCAGGGCUUGGCCAGCCUGCGCAGCCGCCUGAAUGCGAUGCGCCUGGCGGACUACGACGGCAGUAGGGCCCCCGUGCCCAGGGGUGAGCUGGGCGCUGCAGCUACCUCUAGCGACGCGGCCUUGAGGAGGAGGCUCAUCGAGCACGCCAGGGCCCAGCCGCAGGCCAGCCAGCGCAGCGACGCCGCAGCUGCCAGGAAGCAGUGGCAGGCCUGGGCCAAGGGUGCGGCCACAGGCGGGGGGGAGCUGGCCCAUCGCUUCUCCAAGCCCGAGCCGCUGGCCAAGGCGACCCUCGUCACGGCGGACGAGGAUGGGGGCGACGUGCUUCCCGUCAACGGCGACGAGGCAGUGCAGCAUUGCCUCAAGGAGUGGCCCCCGCUCUGGCUGGAUCCUCGGCGCCGAGGAGGGCUCGAGGAAGCGGCCAGCUGGGGGGCGACCGAGCCGCUGCCGAACCUCGAGGUGGGCAGCCUCAGGCACCUGCUCAAGCGGUACGGGAGGUGGGCUGGCCUGGGGUGGGGCCAGCUCCACCCGAGGCAGCUGCUCCGCCUGGACGAGUCCUUCCUGGUCAGGCUCCUCGAGGUGCUGGCCAGCUGGGAGGACGCGCCCGAGGCCUACUUGGACUGGCUCUCGGUCAUCGUCUUCCGCGCCAAGAAGGUUGCGGCCUUCUACCCCAGCGUGCGGCUGGGCACCGUCGUCGACGACUUCGCGCUCCAGACCGUUGGCACCACGGGCAUGGUGAAGGCAGUACUAGGACCAGCCACGCGCAUGCUGUUGGGCUGCUUCGACGAGAAGCGGGCGCCCGGCCACUUCGGGAAGCUAUGCUACCUCACGCCCGAUGCGGAGGUUGCGAAGCAGCUGGAGUCGGAGUGGCCCGCCGGUGACGGCAGGGCGCAGCGUGGCAGGCUGCUAGGCAACGACGUGCACGACGGACGCUGGAGGCGCACCGCCAUCGGGGCGCAGCGCGUCGAGGAUGCGCUGGCAAGGUCUCGGCGGCUGCAGGUGCUGAGGACGGCUGGGGCCAAGGUCGCCACGGUGCGGAGGGGCGGCCCCACGGCAGCCGCCACCUGGGGCUCGGCCACGACUGGCCUCGCCCCCUCGGUCCUGCACGGGCGACGCGUGGCUGCAGCGCGUGGUGAGGGGCCCUUUGCGCCAGGUGCAUCCGUCGGCCUGCGGCUGAGGUGCUACCCCAAAGGCAUCGAGAGGGACCCCGCUGUGGUGAACGCAGGCCAGGUCGUGCUGCAGUUCGGCAUGGCGCUCUGGCUGGGCUACCCCACGCCGUUCGCCCUCAGCGCGCUGCUGGAGAAGGCCAAGCAGCGUUUCGUGACGGCGAAGCGGCCGUGGGCAACCUGCAGAGACCCCGUGGCAGCCUUCUUCCUCACCAUCAGCAGGCUCGGCUGGUCCAUCGAGGGCUGCAGACACGUCACCACUGACCAGGGGUUGGAGGUCGACCUCGCCAGGGUUUCGCCGUUCUUCAGCAAGGAGCUGGCAGAGGGAGCGGCCAAGAGGUGGUCUGACCGCGACGCCACCUUCAGGCUCUACCCCCACCAGAGCUCGGAGUUGUACUGGGGGUCGCUGCAGCGGCUGGGCAGGACCAAGGAGUCGCUCGGCUGGCAGCAGCACCAGCGAGCGGCCCUCCACUCAGUCAUAUCAGGCACGGUACUCUCCCAGACGCGGCUCUACAAGAGAGGCAUGGCCUCAGAGUGGGAAUGCCUCAUGUGCAGGAGCGCUCCUGGCACACUCUGGCACAGGCUGUACGGCUGCGACGGCCACGCGGCGUUCCGCAAGGACGAGGCCUCACCCGAGCUCCUGCGGCACGCGGAGGUGGCACGGGCUGCAGGAGGCAACUGCGGCGAGAUGUUCGGCAGGUGCCUUUUCCCGUCGCUCGACCAUGUGAUCCCGAGGCGCGACCCUGAUGGUGAUCCAGUGCUGUGGUGUCGGCGCCCAGCCUCGGGGUACCUCACCGGCCUCAUCUUCACCGACGGCAGCGCGGUCGGCACGCGGUGGCCAGAGCUGCAGCGGGCGGGCUGGUCGCUCGUACAGUGUGACGGACACGGGCGCCUGGUCGCUGCAGCUUGGGGAUGGGUGCCCCUCUCCAUGGCGCCGCGGCAGGAAGCGCGGGACGGCGAGGACUACGCAUACCGCAUGGCGGCUUUCCUCUGCGAGGGCCACGUCGACCUGAGGGGGGCAGCAUGGGCAUGCCGCCCUGGGUCGUCGAGGGCCCACAUGUGGAACGCGUUCUACGCCUCCUUCGACGGCUCGCGGAGCUACACGGUCACCAAGGUGCUGGCCCACGCUACCGCUGCCGACGUGGAGGCAGACCGCGCGACCUGGUGGCAGCGUGCAGGCAACAGGCUCGCCGACGAGGCGGCGAAGGAGGGGGCGAAGCUGGCGCUGGCAGACGACCAGCUGGACGUCGCAUACGGCCUCGACCUCAUCGCAAGGCAGGCGAUGAUCUUCACGGGUAAGCUCCACGCGCGCAUGGCGGAUCGGAAGCAGAUCGACCACGCCAGCGACAUCAUCCUGGAGCUCUCGGAGCCCGAGGCGGGCUACGAGGAGCCUGAGGGCGACGAGCCACCUGCAGCCCGACGACCUCGGACGCCUUGGUUGAUCGGAGGCCACGCCAUCGUCGAGAGGGCCAUCGCGGGGCCUGGCACGGAUGGCUCCACCAUGGUCCAUUGCGUGAAGUGCUACGCCUAUGCCCACCAGCGCAUGAUGGGUAUCCUGAGGCCGUUCGGCACGGGGGCAGGACGUGAGCCACAGAUUGAUAGGAUUCGCAAAGGGCUGUUCCCUAGCGUGAAGGGCGGCCGCGGAGCAUGGCGCCUCGGGGAACAGCUUUUUCCCUCCGAGGCCUGGCAAGUGAAAUUCAGCCAAAGGCUUGCGCCUCCCGCCGCCCCCGAGGCCAGCAGGGCCACGGGCAGCGGGCAGCCGGGCCCAGCUCAACGCUUGCCCCGCUCGCAAGCGCUGUUGCGUUUUGGGGUCGGGCCAGAGCAGGGGGCCGACUUCCUUUCCUGGUCGGCCAGGCAGCGUGCUGCUCGGAGGUCCGAGGGAGACCCCGACGAGAUCGAAGGGGAGGCCUCCGACUAA